AUGGGUGGAUCAAUUUCAAAAAGGAGGAGUUCAAGGCAACGUUCAUCCUCGAGGUUUUUUCCGCAGUAUCAAUCACCUUAUUUGCCACAAAGCCAAGAUCAUGGGUCUGUGAGUCAUUAUGGGCAUUCAUCUCAAGGCUAUGGUGGUGGUCAUGCUCCAGAGCAAGGAAAAGGGUCAGAUAGGAAGUUUUCAAGGAUAGGUGAUAAUUAUAAUAGCUUGGACCAGGUAACUGACGCUCUUGCAAGUGCUGGCCUAGAGUCUUCCAAUCUCAUUGUUGGUAUUGAUUUUACAAAGAGCAAUGAGUGGACAGGUGGAAGGUCAUUUCAAAGGAGAUGUCUGCAUCAUAUUGGUCAUGAACAAAAUCCAUAUGAACAAGCUAUAUCUAUCAUUGGCAAAACAUUAUCUUCCUUUGAUGAGGAUAACUUAAUUCCCUGUUUUGGUUUUGGAGACGCUUCAACACAUGACCAGGAAGUAUUUAGUUUCUAUUCUGAUGAGAGAUUUUGUCAAGGAUUUGAAGAAGUGUUGGCACGGUACAGAGAAUUGGUCCCUCAAUUAAAGCUUGCAGGACCAACAUCAUUUGCCCCAGUCAUUGAGAUGGCAAUCACCAUAGUGGAGCAAAGUGGAGGCCAAUACCAUGUCUUACUGAUUAUAGCAGAUGGGCAGGUGACAAGGAGUGUUGACACCGCAAACGGGCAGUUGAGUGCUCAAGAAAAGAAUACUGUAGAAGCUAUUGUGAAAGCUAGUGAAUAUCCCUUGUCAAUAAUAUUAGUUGGAGUUGGAGAUGGGCCGUGGGAUAUGAUGAAAGAAUUUGAUGAUAACAUCCCUGCCCGUGUAUUUGAUAAUUUCCAGUUUGUGAAUUUCACAGAAAUAAUGUCAAAGAACAUGGAUCGAUCCAGAAAGGAAGCAGAGUUUGCACUUGCUGCCUUGAUGGAGAUACCCUCCCAAUAUAAGGCAACUCUUGAGCUUAAUCUAUUGGGUGCUCAUAGAGGGAAAGCUAUAGACAGGAUUCCUCUACCACCACCCCUUUAUGGUGCAGCACCUUUCAACUCCCCAAAAACUUCACGUCAAAACAGUUUUCGUCCCAGUGCACCAUCUCACAGACAUGAUGUUAGCGCAAAUCCUCCAGCAACUUCUGCUUCUGAUAAUCAGUUUUGUCCCAUUUGCCUCUCCAAUCCUAAGGAUAUGGCCUUUGGUUGCGGGCAUCAGACAUGCUGUGAAUGUGGACAAGAUCUUGAGUUGUGCCCCAUUUGCAGAAGUACCAUUGAUACUAGAAUAAAGCUUUAUUAGAAGAUAUCACUGAAAACUUGUUCAUGGGUUUUCAUGUUGAGGUAUGAAACUGGGUUUUAUGCAAAUUUCUUGGUGAUGAGGGAGGGCAGGUGGAAAAGGCUCCUCAUUGUAAAUACUUUUGGUAUUUCAUAUAUUCAAGUCAAUGCUUUGAGCGCAUUUUAUGCUAGAAU